AUGGUUCAAUUUCUAGGCUCUCUUGAAUUCGUAACGUGUGGAUCAACUUUUAAACUUCUGAAUAUUCAAUCGGGUAGUCGUUUACAUUCUCACGAUGUCAAAUAUGGAAGUGGUAGUGGUCAGCAAAGCGUCACCGGCACGCCAAAUGUAGAUGACCACAAUUCUUAUUGGCAAGUGAGAGGUGACACGAUGAGUGAUUGUGAAAGAGGUGCACCAAUUCAUUGUGGAGAUACCGUUCGAUUGUUUCAUAUAUCAACAAGACGAAAUUUACAUAGUCACAAUUUUGUUUCGCCAUUAUCUUAUAAUCAAGAAGUAUCUUGUUAUGGUGAAGACGGAGUUGGUGACGAAGGUGAUCGUUGGAUGGUUGUUUGUACUGAUAAUAAUGAUGUUUGGCAACGUAGAAGUGAUAUAAGAUUACAGCAUGUUGUUACUAAAAAAUAUCUUCACUUGACCGGGGACACCUAUGGAAGACCUAUCAGUGGUCAAAAAGAGAUAUGUGCAUAUCAAAAUAUGAAUAGCCAAAAUAUUUGGAGAACAGAAGAAGGCGUUUUUAUUCGACCUUCAUCAACCGAUUUUUCGUCUGGAGAUAAUCAAUCAUAUCGUACGAAAGAAGAACAUUCCAAUGAUGAGCUAUAA